CUUUGCUUGAUCAUGUUCAGCCUGGACGCGCCGCUGCAGCCGGCCGUCGAAGGCUUCGUGGACCCCGAGAAUGGAGAGUCCCAGCACACCACGCACUUGAACAACGUCGUGAUGCAGAUCCACCGCAAUACGUCCAUCCAAGACCUGAUCACGUUGCUUGGCCCGCAGUUGACGCACGUCCAGGACAAACGGCGGUCGCGCGCCACGCUGCUCUUGGCCGAAGUACUCACGCGGCUGCCAGAACUCAAGCUCGCUGCUGACACCACACAUCUUUUGCUUGUGUUCUUCGUUGAGCGCCUCGCGGACACUCCAAGCCUUGGACCUUGCUUGAAAGCACUGUCGGCACUGCUGUCGUUCCAUGCUGCGGCCGUUCCCGCCGCCGACAUCCUGUUACUCCUCGAAUCUUUGUUCUCGCUGCCGUCGCCCAUCCCUACGUUGGGCCAAGCCAUGCGGAAGCAAUGCUUCCAGCUCAUGAACAUCGUCCUCGAGUUGAAUGUCGUCGACACUCAUGGUGCCCGCGUGCUCAUGGAAGGCUUUCUCGCGGCCAUGGACGGCGAAAAGGAUCCGCGCAACUUGCUGCUAUGUUUGCAGUUGGCCAGCGCGUUGCUGACGGCGUUCCCCAGCAACGUCGACGCCGACCUCAUUCGGCUCUUCUUCCACGUCACGUCGUGCUACUUCCCCAUCACGUUCAAGCCGCCGCCAAACGAUCCGUACGGCAUCACGUCCGCGCAGCUCGUGGCCGCGCUGCGCUCCGUGUUUAUCGCGCACGAUUCCAUGGCCAAGCAUGUGGUGCCGAUGGUGCUCGACAAGCUGAGCCGCACCACCGUCACGGACAUGACAGUCGACAUGCUGGACACGCUCGCGUUCUGCUGCACAAGGUACCCGCUGAACCGCCUCCUCACCCAAUUCACUCCCGUCGCGACCACCGUGUACCGCUCCAUUCUGCACGGGGACAACCAGGCGGUGAUUGCCGCCGCCACCGCCACCCUCCGCGCCAUCGCCAAGGCAGUGUCGCCACCGAGCUCGCUCCCGGGCAUGCAGGCGCUGGCGUGGUCCAAAUUUGUCGUGCAUGUGGUGCAAACUGCCCUUCGGGACAUGCAAGACCAAGCGAUGGACUCGAUGGUGAGUCUGCGGGCAGCCACAGUCCUCACGGGGGUCGCUGCGCAGUCGGCGGCCGGGCUCACGUACGUGCUCGAGUCGAGUUUGCCGUUUCUGCUCAGUCGCGUAUCGGCGGCGGCGGCGGCACUUCCCACGUCCUCAUGCUGCUCGACGUCGUCGCAGCUGGAAGCGGCGCUGGCGUGCCUCGUCGGGCUCUUGGACUGCAUCGACGUCGACGUCGACCACGUCACGCCCCCCGUCCUCCCCCACGUGCAACCGAUCCAAGCUGCCCUCGUGCAGAGCUUCCACUUUGCCUCCGCCCACGUCGCCAGCAGUUCGCGCCCGCAACGGCUGUGCCUCCAAGGCCUGGCUAAACUCGUGCUUCGACCGCCUUCCCCGCUCCUCCAAGACGACUCGGUGCACAGUCUGGUGGACCUGUGGACGACUGUCGUCCUCACGCACGCAGCGGCCGACGUGCGCGCGGAAGCCACGGCGGCGCUCAAAGCCACCGCCAACAAGUCGGCCGUACUGGCGCACCACGUCCGAGAAAGAAGUUUACCGCCUCUCAUGCACGUCGUCGCGUCCCCCGAGGCAUCCCCUGCCUUGGGGAGAUCUGCUACUGACGUGCUCAAGGAUGUGUUGGCUGUGCUGGCGGAGCUGUCGACGGAACCGUCGAUUUUCAUGGCGCUGGUGCUGCCGUUGUGUCAACUGGGGCUCGGAAUCAACCCAAACCAACCCCUGCUGCAAUUGCAUCCCCAGACCAAAGAUAUUGCCUCGGCCGUGGCGAAUAUCGUGCGAUUAAACCAGUUGAAUGUGGCAUGCAUCGAUGCGUGUGUGUUACCGACAACUGCGACAACGUCAGUGGUGCAGCUGCUCGUGGACACGGUGGUGCAUCACGUUCGCCAGCAACUCGAAUUGAAUGGCCACGCGUUGCUCAACCACGACGAUGAUGCGGUCACCGUCACGUUGGUGCCGCCCACGGCCGUGAUUCUCGGAGUCGUCAUGCAACACGGAUCGAUCCAAGCCCAAGAAACGCUGUUGCAAUAUGUGCUCUCUCUCUUUUUGACCAUGGAAGUGUCCCCGCUGCAACCCCAAGCUACCGCGGUGUCGCUCCAGUUGAUGCCUCUGUUGGGAGCGGUGCUCUACUCUGCCGGGGCCGCCUUGGCCACCAUCGCCCCCGCCCUCCCCACGCUGUUACCUCUACUAUUUGAGCUCGCCCAACGUCCUCUACUUCUUCCCCCCCACACCGCCGUCGCUACUCCUUUGACCGCUAGCCCACCGCCACAUCCAGCCACGACGUGCGCGUUGAAAUCCAUCGCGGCUUUGCUCAAUGCCAUGCCGGACGAUGCGCUGCUGCACCAGUACCUUUCCCAUGUCGUCACAUCCACGACAUCUUCUUCCAGUGAUGGCGGCAACUUGCCGCCGCCUGUGGCGUCGGUGGUUGUCGACGCCGGGUACCCGCUCCCUCGUCGGCUCGCGGCGCUGCAAGUGUACUUGCACGCGACCAAAGCCAUCGUCCUCCGCGCCCACGCGACGACCGUCCCCGUCGUGUUUACGUUUCUGUGGUCGUUGCUCUCGUCCGAAGAGCUCAAGCUCCACGUCGCCCACGGGUUUGAGCUCGUGCUCGAUGAUUGGACUGACGUUCUCACCGCGGCCAGCCACGCCCUGAUCAGCCCGGUCCACCGCCAGCGCACGUUUUCGCUGCUGUUUCCGCUCCUGACGACCAAAGAAAACAUGGAGAAGCGUGUGGUGACGCUCUUGGUCGUGGCCCACACCCCGCACGCGAUCCUGCUGCCCCAUGUCCUCGACAUCGUGCCGUUGGUCGUGGAUGCGUUAAACUUGAAGGAGCCGCCGUACGCCGCCUUGCUCGGACAUCCCGCGCUUGUGACGUUUGAGAUGUGCUUUCAGCACGACCCCCAACUCGUGUACGGGUACCUGAACCAAUUGUUCCCUGGUCUGCUGUGGCAAAGCCAGCACUGCCAUGCCGUAAAAGACCGGCUGCGCGCGCUGGGGUGUCUGGCCAGCCUCGCCAAGAUCAAGUACGAGCUCAUUCAUCCGCACAAGGAGCGCGUGAUCAAGGGACUGCUGGCGGCGCUGGACGACCGCAAGCGGACCGUGCGCCAAGCAGCCGUCAAAGUACGCAACCAAUGGUCGAUUUUGUAAUGUGGGGACGAACCCAUGUACGGUCGUAAUACAGUUUGACAUUAGUAUUACGCUUGACAUACUGUAAAGAAUACAGGUACUCGCA